AUGAAUCGCGGGGAAAAAAUUGUGGCUUUGGUUUCUGAGGCUUGUACCUCACGGGAUAGACCUGAAAAAGUAGCUCCGAAGUUAAAUUAUGAUCCAAAUAAAGUAGUACACGUUUUGGAAGAUAUUCAGUUACAAUAUUCAAAAUCAAGAAAGUCUAUACCAGAACCUUCAAAUUCAGUUGUUGACAAAACUUAUUAUGAGAUAAAUGACAAUAUCAAUAUAACAUCACUGACUGAUCUAGAUCUACCAAAUACUUUUAUUACAGAAAAUAUAAAUCAUACAAUUUGUUCUGACAUUACAUUUCCCAAUACUACAUUCAAUGACGUGCCUUUAGACGAUAAAUUGUUGUCCACGGUUUAUGAUAUUCACAACACUUUCACGACAGACGAGAAUUUGAUUAUAAUACCAUCACAAAUUGAAAUAGAAUCUCAAUCAACAAAUAUUUUGACCUCAGACAACAUACACAAUUCCGAUGCGGAUACCAUUCAAACAUUAGGUAAUAUAAUAUCUCAUGAAACAAGUACUAGUUCUUUAGAAAUUAUAACUCAUGUUGAAAAUACACAUCAUGUUAUACCUAAUCCACCAAUAUCGGAUGUUAGCGAUACAGAGAAAAAGCUUGUGCCUUAUUCUGAUUCUGACUUAGAUUCGCUUGUUAAGAUCAAAAAGAUUAAGAAACGAAAGAAACGUUUUAACGUUGAUAAAAAAGAAUGGGUUAACGAAAAGAAUAAACAAAGAAGACAAGAAGGUAAAACAUAUUUUGGGAGAGAGAAAAAGCAAGACUGUUGGAAUUAUAAUACAACUAAAAAAGCACGUUUCAUUAAAUCAAGAUGCUCCUGUAAAAUUGGGAAGUACAAUACUUUAAAAUGUGAAACAGAGAUGAAGGUGUAA